UCCAGUUACCACAACAUGCCUGGCUGUUGCCUAGUGAUGCUGCGCUAUAAAGCAGCUUUGUUGCACUUGUAACUGACACAACAUCCCCAGCCACUCAUCUCAGGUGAACGAGGGACUGCUGAAAGCAACAAAAACAUGCGUGAAUGUAUCUCUGUCCAUGUUGGCCAAGCUGGAGCUCAGAUAGGCAAUGCAUGCUGGGAGCUCUACUGCCUGGAGCACGGCAUCCAGCCGGACGGUCAGAUGCCCAGCGACAAGACCAUCGGAGGAGGAGACGACUCCUUCAACACCUUCUUCAGUGAGACUGGAGCUGGCAAACAUGUUCCAAGAGCCGUCUUUGUGGACUUGGAGCCAACAGUCAUAGAUGAAGUCCGUACAGGAACUUACCGCCAGCUCUUCCAUCCUGAGCAGCUGAUCACUGGAAAGGAAGAUGCAGCCAACAACUACGCCCGCGGUCACUACACCAUCGGCAAGGAGAUCAUCGACCUGGUUCUCGACAGGAUUCGUAAACUGGCUGACCAGUGCACAGGACUCCAAGGUUUCCUGAUCUUCCACUCCUUCGGAGGAGGAACCGGCUCUGGCUUCACCUCUCUGCUGAUGGAGCGUCUCUCCGUCGACUACGGUAAAAAGUCCAAACUGGAGUUUGCCAUCUAUCCAGCCCCCCAGGUGUCCACAGCUGUGGUGGAGCCCUACAACUCCAUCCUGACCACCCACACCACCCUGGAGCACUCUGACUGCGCCUUCAUGGUUGACAACGAGGCCAUCUAUGACAUCUGCCGCAGGAACCUGGACAUCGAGCGUCCCACCUACACCAACCUCAACAGGCUGAUUGGACAGAUCGUCUCCUCCAUCACCGCCUCCCUGCGCUUCGACGGAGCAUUGAACGUGGACCUGACGGAGUUCCAGACCAACCUGGUUCCCUACCCUCGUAUCCACUUCCCUCUGGCCACCUACGCCCCAGUUAUCUCAGCAGAGAAGGCCUAUCACGAGCAGCUAUCAGUGGCUGAGAUCACCAACGCAUGCUUCGAGCCAGCCAAUCAGAUGGUGAAAUGUGACCCUCGUCACGGCAAGUACAUGGCUUGCUGCCUCCUGUACCGUGGCGACGUGGUGCCCAAAGAUGUCAACUCUGCCAUCGCCACCAUCAAAACCAAGCGCACCAUCCAGUUUGUGGACUGGUGUCCCACAGGCUUCAAGGUGGGCAUCAACUACCAGCCUCCCACUGUGGUUCCUGGAGGAGACCUGGCCAAGGUGCAGAGGGCCGUGUGCAUGCUGAGCAACACCACCGCCAUCGCCGAGGCCUGGGCUCGCCUCGACCACAAGUUCGACCUGAUGUACGCCAAGAGGGCCUUCGUCCACUGGUACGUCGGAGAGGGGAUGGAGGAGGGAGAGUUCUCAGAGGCCAGAGAGGACAUGGCGGCCCUGGAGAAGGAUUACGAAGAGGUCGGCACUGACAGCAUCGGGGACGAAGGAGAGGAAGAGGGCGAAGAAUAUUAAGUUUGAAAUAAACAAACAAAACCAACACAGAUUGGGCUCUUUUUAGGUGUCAGUGCUUCGAAAAACAAAUUCUCGUUAGUGAAAAAGUACAUCUCCUAAACUUUUAUUAUUCCUGGUGUCAAAAUCAACUGGUGCGAUUGGCAGUUACUGUGCCAUUUAGCUUCAAAUUCAUGCCUACAGGUGCUGAAAUUCCUUUGUUUCCUUUCAAUUCAAUGCUGCAUAACAAAAGAGCUCUGUUUUACCAUUGUAUGGCCACUGUAAGGCUGAUCAACUGAGUGCUAUAUGGAAAACUCUACUGUUUAGAAAUUCCUUACCUCCAAGGCAAGGAAGUAUAGAGUUUUGUUAAGAAAUUUUCAUUGUUCAAAUACAAUUAUUAAGACAGCUACGCUCAACAGACAGCCAGGUGUUCUCUCAGCGAUAUUCUAUUUUUAACAGCUUAAUAUCAAACUCUGAAGUAUCUGCAAAAGUCGUGGGAAUUCAGUGUCGAAAUAUCAUCUUCCCUAUGUGUCUUUGUCUUGAAACAAUAAACUGAGACAUGUUUC